AUGUACGUCGUUCUGUUACUUGGUUUUAUAAUUAUCAUAGUCUUCCUUUACGAUUAUGCCCAAAAGCGCAGUGACCGUUGGAAGAAACUAAGUGAAUUCCCUGGAGAUGCUACACUACCUUUAAUUGGUAAUGGUUUACAGCUCGGAUUUGAUGCAGAUGAGGCACCGCACAAAUUAAUGGCUUUAUGGGUGAAACACGGAAAACAAAAUUUUCGGUUAACCGUAGGUUACGAGGACUGGAUCCUACUCUCUGAUCCGGAUGACAUUGGGAGUCUACUCAACCAUAGUACCGAGCUUUCAAAAACUGUAGAGAGGAAUGCAGCGAUUAAACCUUUUUUUGGUGACUCCGUGUCAAGUUCAGAAGGUGUAAAAUGGAGAUCAAUGCGUAAGUUGAUGGCACCAAGUUUCAACUUUAAAAAUACAGAAAAGUGGCUGGAGGAUGUGAAUAAAUCCUGUGAUCGUCUUUUUAAUAUCUUGGACACUUACGACAGCGAGGGCCCCGAGGAUGUAUAUAGAUAUCUCAGGCCCUAUUUUUUUGACCUCCUAUGUGGUACAUUAAUGGGUGUCGACUCCAAUCUCUUAGCUGAUCCCGACCAUCCUUAUCUUAAGGCAAGUGGCAAAGUUGUUAAAAUAUUAACACAUAACUUAUUCGCAUACUGGAGAAACAUUCCAGUUCUAUUCGUAUUGACUCCUAUGUAUUGGGAUAUGGUGCGAACCAUUAAAACAAUGAGACAAGCCAGUACACUGAUAAUUAAUGAAAGAAAACAUAAAUUGAAACAGUUUAGAGAUGACUCUAUAAAAAAUAACAAAAACGUCGACAUUGACAUAGAAGUUUUAUUACAAAAUCAAUUAAACUACGGAGGAUCUAUGUUAGACGCAUUAUUGCGUAGUAAACUUCCCAACGGAGAGUCUACCCCUAACCAAAUCAUCAGUGAUGAAGUUACUCUUGCUUGUUUUACUGGACACUACACCACAACAAAAACAGUAAGCCAUACGCUAUACUGUUUAGCGAAAUACCCCGAUGUACAAAGGAAAAUAGUAGAAGAACAGAGAUCAAUAUUUAAUAACGACUUUGACAAAAAGCCGACGAACCAAGAAUUAAGCCAGAUGAAAUACCUCGAAGCUGUAAUCAAGGAGACUAUACGCGUUAUACCGACUGUUACCAAAAUUGGUAGGCAACUGCAAAAUGAUUUUACGUUUAAAGAUGGACGAGUAGCUCCAGCAGGCACUUCCCUUAUAGUUUUCUACGAAGCUUUAUACCAAAAUCCAAAGGUAUUCCCUGAACCAGAGAAAUAUAUACCGGAAAGGCAUUUGGAAUCUGUGCAUACUUUCUCUUUAGUACCUUUCAGUGCCGGUCCUAGAAUGUGCAUCGGUUUUCGGUAUGCCUGGGUGGCAAUGAAAUCAACUUUAUCAAAUCUUUUGAGGAGGUAUGAAAUAAUCCCUGGAGGACCGGGCACGGAACCAAAGUUUGCACAUCGAAUUAUUACAGAAUCUAAGAAUGGCUUACAAUUACGACUUAAAAAGAGAAAAUUGUGA